GAUGGUUGAGUAAAUGAAAUAUUUUCUGUUUUCUCGAAGGAAUAGGUAUUUAAUAAAAAAAAGAAAGGAAAGUUACGUUGUCUCUUUAACGCGGAAUAUAAUAAAUUAAACGAAAAUGGUUUUGUACAAUUUCAAGAAAAUUGCGGUUGUCCCAACUGCAAAGGACUUUAUUGAUAUAAUUUUGUCGAAAACACAACGGAAGACACCAACCGUUAUUCAUAAACAAUAUAAGAUCACGAGGAUACGCGCUUUCUACACACGAAAGGUGAAAUUCACUCAACAGAAUUUUCACGAUAAAUUAUCCCAGAUAAUACAAGAGUUUCCUAAGCUGGAUGAUGUUCAUCCAUUCUACGCCGACUUGAUGAACGUCCUGUAUGAUAAGGAUCAUUAUAAGUUGGCUCUUGGACAGAUAAAUACAGCGAGGCAUUUAAUUGACAAAGUAGCAAAGGAUUAUGUUCGUCUUUUAAAGUUCGGAGAUUCGUUAUAUCGGUGUAAAUUGCUGAAGAAAGCCGCUCUAGGUCGAAUGGCCACAAUUAUGAAGAAACAGGCAGCCAAUUUAACAUAUCUUGAGCAAGUUCGUCAACACUUGGCUCGAUUGCCAAGUAUAGAUCCUUACACGCGUACGAUAAUUAUAUGCGGGUUCCCAAAUGUUGGCAAGAGUAGUUUCAUUAAUAAAAUUACUCGAGCCGAUGUAGAGGUUCAACCAUAUGCAUUCACAACAAAAUCUUUGUUUGUGGGGCAUACUGAUUAUAAAUACUUGAGAUGGCAAGUAAUAGACACACCUGGAAUAUUAGAUCAUCCACUGGAAGAGAGAAAUGUCAUUGAAAUGCAAGCGGUAACUGCUCUCGCUCACUUGCGAGCCGCUGUACUUUACUUCUGCGACUUGUCAGAGCAAUGUGGUCAUACUUUGGAGGAACAAGUAAAACUUUUUGAAUCCAUAAAGCCUUUAUUCACGAACAAGCCUUUAAUAAUAGUCAUGAAUAAAAUGGAUAUCGUACGUUUGGAAGAAUUAUCUCCGGAGAAGAGGGCUGUUCUGAAACCGUUUGAGAACGAUAUGAAUAUACCUGUGCUAGAAAUGAGCACCAUCACCGAUUUUGGCGUGAUGGAAGUGAAACUGGAGGCUUGCGAGCGACUUCUAGCCUUCAGAGUCGAUCAAAAGAUCAAGACUAAAAAGGUGGAAGGACUUCUUCACCGAUUGCACAUUGCUCAACCUAAAAGAAUAGAUCCUAAUCGCGUCCCGUGUAUACCGGAGAGCGUUCUGAAGAAGAGGCAGGCUGCUGCGGAGAAAGCCAUAAGGAAGCGUAAAUUGGAGAGGGAGAUAGAAGAGGAGAUGGGAGAUGAUUAUGUGCUUGAUCUGAAGAAGAAUUACGAUAUUGAGGGAGAUCAGAAAUACGACAUCAUCCCGGAGAUGUGGGAAGGUCAUAAUAUAGCGGAUUAUAUAGAUCCAGAUAUCUUUGAAAAAUUAAAUCAACUCGAAAAGGAAGAGCAGUUGAGGGAAGAAGCCGGUUUCUACGAUUAUAAGAUACCAGAGUUAUCGGAAACGAUGCGCGAGAUCGAACAGCUAGCGAAACAGAUUCGUGAGAAGAAGUUCGUCAUGAAGGACGAGGCGCGAAUAUUAAAGGCUUCUACGAAACCGAUUAUGCCGCGUACAGCCGCGGCUAAGACCCGCGAUCGAUCAGUCGCGAGAUUGAAGGAGCAGAUGGAAGAUCUGGGUGUGGAUAUGGAAGAUACUAAAAACGCGCACUUCAAACGAAUGAGAGGACGGUCCAGGUCGCGCUCAGAACCUGCUAGGAAACGCAUGCGUGUGGAAUCGGCAUCACAGUCGCGUGCCCGCAGCGUCUCGAGACCACCGCGGGAUGAGAUGGGCGUUAAAAACGUAGAAAUGAAAAUGAAGCUGAAAAACAUAACUCAUAAGACACAGAAGAAGAAAAUAGCCAAGAAAGGUCUCAAGGGAGAGGGCGAUCGUUUUAUCGGCAAUAAAAUGCCGAAGCAUUUAUUCUCUGGCAAAAGAGGAAUCGGCAAAACGUCCAGGAGAUAAAGCUUUCACUUAUAUUUCACACAUUACUUAUGAUUCUUCAUUUAUAUUAUAUAUCUAUGUACUAUAUAUAUAAACAAAA